UAUAUUUAUGAGAAAAAAGUUUCAUGCAAGAUGAUUUGUUGGCGUACAACAUUAUUUCAAUUACAAAAUAUAAACAUAUUUGCAAUUCUUUCUUCUAUUUUAAUUGUAGCGACAAUUUUUUGUAAUGCAUUUGUAAUAGGUGUUAUCAAAAACCUAAAGAAAAGAAAAAUAUCUAACCUUUUUUUAUUGUCACUUUCGAUAUCUGACUUGUGCGUUGGAAUGGUACUCGGCCCUUUUACCAUAAUACAAGUCUUGGAUAUAGAUUUGUUAUCAAACUGUAGAGCUCAUUUUGUUCGUGGUUAUCUGCUAGUUUUGCUUGUUGGAUCUUCGCUAUUAACACUAGCAGCAGUGUCUUACGACAGAUACUUAUUACUUACUAAGCUAACCAACUAUAACAAAUAUAUGACAGAAAACAAAGCUUUUUUUAUCAUUUUGUUUUGCUGGCUUUUCCCUGGAUUGAUACCAGUCUUCAAGAUUUUUAAUAUGACAACGUAUGUUGUUUUACGUAUUACUACUUGCUCGUUUCCUUUAGUUACGUUGGGAACUUUUUAUUACCUAAUAACCAAAGAGGUUUAUACUAAACGGUUCGAAUUUCUUCAGAAUAAAACUAAUAAUAAUAUUGUUGUCAACGAUUUUUCUAUGCUUCACAACGGAAACAUUGAUUAUCUCAUUGACAAAAACACGGCUAAUAUAAGCAACUCAACAACGCUAUCCGUUCAUUUAUUUAACACAAAAAACAUGAGAAAUUAUAAAAAUCGUAUAAGAGUGGCAAAGUCUGUUACUUUGCUAAUCGCUUGCUAUUUCGCAUUCAUUUUUCCUUUAAAUAUAUGGAUGAUUUUAGAACUUUCGAAUUUGGAAUAUAACACAAAAGCUCAUCAAAUUUUUUAUUUGUGUGCUGUGUUCUUAAUGCAAGCCAAUUCUUGUAUGAACCCAAUAAUAUACUAUUCAAAGCAAUCAGACAUCAAAAAAGGAUUUCUCCAAAUUUUUAAACCGUUUAUAACAGAAAAUCGUAUUUUAAAAAAACGAAGACAAUUCAAAAAAUGAGUAACAAGCAAGCAAAAAAAGCUAUAUUACGAACAAUUAAAUUUUGCAUUUUAUAAAAUCCGUUUUAUUGAUGUUAUCUAAUACUUUACCAAGUUU